CGGUUGUGUGCGUCGUUCGGUUGUGUGCGUCGUUCAGUUUGUCCUGGGAAAUACGUACAAAGUUGCAUUUUGGGUUUUCGCCUAUUUCAUUUUUGACCCCGAGCUUCUCCUUGCCAUACGAGAAGAAGCAAGCGGAGCGUUUAGGGCUAAUGAAUACGAUGAGAACUACAUAUUUGAGAAGAGUCAUUUACUGAACUCCCUGAUUAACGAAACUCUUCGCCUCGCGGUUGCUAGCCCUUUGGUCCGGGACGUUACGAAGCCCACGCAAAUCCGGGAUAAAGUCUUGGAACCGGGCAGCAAAAUGCUCGUUCCUUUCCAUCAACUUCAUCGCAACCGAGACGUUUGGGGAGCCGAUCCUUCCAAGGUUCACCCGGACCGCUUCCUAUCGAAUCCCAAGCUUCUGAACUCGAAAUCCUACAGGCCAUUCGGCGGAGGCAGCACACUGUGUCCCGGUCGCAAUUUAGCACGCCGCAUAAUUGGUUUUGCCGUAGCAGGGCUGGUCACCAGGUAUGAAAUCCAUAUCGAUGUGGAGAAGACAAAUAAGGCAAACGGAGGUCGCCGUGGGCUUAAGGCUCCGGUGUUCCCUCGAUUCAAUCAUAGCAAACCAAAUCCAGGCGCUAGUCUUCCGUUCGGGAACGAUGAUGUGAUUUUCCUGCUGAAGGAGCGGAAGGAUGCGAUCUCACAGGCGUUUUUGUAAACCAGCUUGAAUCGGAUGAAGCAGUCUACGUGUGCUUAAGCGUAAUUGCCUAGGCCAGAUGCCACCUGCUAGAUUUUCAUUCGCAAACAUCAUCUUAUAGCGACGAAUUAAAAGACAU